GUCCAAAUAUUUGUCCUGGAUAAGGAUAAACGUAGUCCUGCAUCCAAACCGUGCAGAAAUGCGCCCUGUCACUGUGCUGUAGACUCUCCGGUUCCCUUGCAAAACCAGGCAGAGCAAAGCAAGCAGUAUAAUCCCUCGUGGGAAGAGACUGAGAAGAAAAGGAAUAGAGAGAGUUGGAAGAAAUAGAAGACAGUAAUGCAGGGAUUGAAGUCAGCCGCGGCGUUGUUUAUAAGGUGGAGCAGAGCUGAUAGUUUUCGAUCCCUUCCCCAUUACCACUACAGAAACCUCUCUUCUCUUCCAAGCGAGCGCUCAAUCGAUGACGACCUCAAGAAUCAAUUUAUUCAGGUAUUAGUUGAAGGCAAAGGUUAUUCGAGAACCGCCAUUCUCAACAGACCUUCCGCCCUCAAUGCUCUUAAUACGAAUAUGUGUGCGAGAUUGCAAAAAUUGUAUAAAUCUUGGGAGGAUAAUCCAGAUAUUGGUUUUGUGGCGAUGAAAGGCAGUGGCAGGGCAUUUUGUGCAGGUGGAGACAUAGUUUCUAUUUAUCACUUGAUAAACCAAGGGAAGUUGGAAGACUGUAAGGAAUUUUUCCGGACAAUAUAUAGUUUCAUAUAUGAACUAGGUACAUAUUUGAAGCCGCAUGUGGCUAUUUUGGAUGGCAUUACCAUGGGUGGUGGUGCUGGAGUUUCAAUCCCUGGUACAUUCCGUGUUGCAACUGAUAAAACUGUUUUUGCUACCCCUGAAACUCUUAUUGGAUUCCACCCAGAUGCUGGUGCAUCCUUCUAUCUCUCACAUCUUCCUGGUCACUUGGGGGAAUACUUGGCUUUGAGUGGAGAAACCCUCAAUGGAGCAGAAAUGAUUGCUUGUGGCCUAGCUACACACUAUUCAUAUAGUGAAAGGCUUCAAUUAAUUGAACAACAGCUUGGGAAACUGGUCACUGAUGAUCCUUCUGUCAUUGAAGCAACUCUAGGAAAAUAUGGUGACCUUGUCCAUCCAGAUAAGAUGAGUGUACUUCACAGGAUUGAAACUGUUGAUAAAUGUUUCAGCCAUGACACUGUUGAAGAAAUAUUUGAUGCUCUGGAAAAUGAGGCUUCUGGAAACAAUGAUGCAUUUUGCAAUUCCACUAUAAGAAGACUUAAAGAAACGUCACCACUGAGUUUGAAGGUUUCCUUAAGAUCCAUACGAGAAGGUAGAUUUCAAACACUCGAUCAAUGCUUGGUCCGUGAAUAUAGAAUGUCCUUACAGGGAAUAUCCAAGAAUAUCUCUACCGAUUUUUGCGAGGGUGUUCGUGCACGAAUGGUGGACAAGGACUUAGCACCAAAGUGGAAUCCUCCAAGCUUGGAACAAGUGUCAGAAGACAUGGUGGAACAUUAUUUCUCUCCUCUCAGUGAAUUGGAGCCUGAUCUAGAGCUUCCCACAGAACAACGAGAAGCAUUCACCUAGUUAUCACUAAGAGGUCUUCCAGUUGAUUUUAUGUUUUUGAAAGAUAAGAAAUAGGUACAUGCAACAGGCAGAUGAUAGGAAACUGAAUUAACGAGAAAAGUCAUUAUUUUUUUUUUCCUGAAAGCAUUUAUUUAUUUGAUCCUGAGUGCUAAA